AUGUCAGAAAAAGAGCACCUCGUAGGGGAAUCUCCCCCUCCCUCCACAUCAUCUUCUCGACGCAUCGGGCUGUCUUUCAUCCUCCUCUCCGUUGCCAGUCUGUUCGUUCUGAUCAACAAUCGCUGGUGUUCAGGUCAUCAACAUUCAGAUCUGCCCCUCACCAUUGACGAGCGAGUGAAUAAGAUCUUAUCAGAGACUCCAUUGAUCGAUGGCCACGAUGACCUUCCCUACGUGAUCCGUAUGAACUACGCCAACCACAUCUACGGCGACAACUUCACCACGCCCUGGGUCAAUGGCAGCUUUCGAGCCCACGUCGACCUUCCACGACUGCAAAAAGGCAAAGUCGGAGGCACCUUUUGGAGUGUCUAUGUUGACUGUCCCAAAGAUGGGAUGGACUUUUCAGACGAAAACUAUGCUGCCAGCGUCCGCACAACGAUGGAACAAGUGGAUGUAAUGUCUCGCCUGCAACAAGCCUAUCCGGAGGUCUUUUCGAUCCCCCCAAAUGGCACAACAGCCCUUCAAGCAUUCAAAGAUGGCAAAAUCAUCUCGCCCAUGGGCAUCGAGGGUCUGCAUUCCAUUGGAAACUCACUGGCGCAUCUACGCGUCUUCUACAAUCUGGGCGUCUCCUACGCCACCCUCACCCACAACUGCCACAACCGCUACGCCGACGCUGCCGUCGUCGAGCUGCCAGAAGGGGGUAUUAAAAAAUCCGAACCUCUCUGGCACGGCGUGAGUGAGGCGGGCAAAAAGGUUGUCCAGGAGAUGAAUCGGCUCGGAAUGCUUGUCGAUCUGGCCCAUGUGAGCGUCGACACGAUGCGAGAUGUCCUGGGUGCAGGCAAAGACGACUGGUCUGGCAGUCGAGCACCGAUCAUGUUCAGUCACAGCUCGGCGUACGCGGUCUGUCCUCAUCCUCGCAAUGUACCCGACGACGUGCUGCAGCUCGUCAAAGAGCGAAACUCGAUCGUCAUGGUCAACUUUGCGCCGGAGUUUAUCUCGUGUACCGCGUCAGAUAAUCCGAAUGGAUUGCCAAAUGUUGAUCCUGCCCAUGCUACCCUUGAGCACGUUGCAGACCAUAUCAUGUACAUCGGAAACCUCGUCGGGUUCGACCAUGUCGGACUGGGAAGUGAUUUUGAUGGCAUUCUGAACGUUCCCAAGGGACUUGAGGAUGUGUCCAAGUUCCCCGACUUGAUUGCAGAACUGUUGAAGCGGGAUGUCAGUGAUGACGAUGCGGCCAAAGUGGCUGGAGGUAAUCUGCUCAGAGUGUGGAAAGAAGUUGAUCGAGUCGCUCUUCAGAUGCAGGCUGAGGGCAUUCACCCCGUCGAGGAUGAAUUGCAUUAG